AUGAGUAAAGUUACCGCCAAACAGGUGCUAUGGUAUAUUCCUAACCAAAUAGGUUACAUGCGUGUUUUCACAGCUAUAUUGUCGUUUUUCUUGAUGUCAAAGCAUCCAAUAUGGACAACAUGGAUAUACGGAGUGUCGUGUCUGUUGGACGCAUUGGACGGGACUAUGGCACGGAAAUAUAACCAAACCAGCGGUUUUGGAGCUGUUUUGGAUAUGGUCACAGACCGAUCGACGACCAGUUCGCUGAUCUGCUACCUAUGCGUUGCUUACCCUAAAUACGCUCCAGUUUUCCAACUCUUGGUUUCUCUGGACCUUUCCAGCCACUACAUGCACAUGUACGCGACACUCACGUCCGGCGGUGCAUCCCACAAGAAUAUUGAAAAAGAACAGUGGCUUUUGCACCUGUACUACAGCCGUCGUUCUGCAUUGUUUACAAUUUGCGCUUUCAACGAGCUGUUCUACCUCGCGUUGUAUCUAUAUGCAUUCCCUCAGCUAUGGCACUUCAAUUUGCCCUUUGUGGGGCAAACCCACAUCGCUGGGGUUAUCGCUGUGGUGUGUCUACCAGGUUAUCUGUUCAAGCAGUUGGCAAACAUCAUCCAGAUGAACCGUGCUGCCUUGCUUUUGGCCUCUAAAGACGCAGAAAAUGCCAACGGCAAGCGUAACUAG